AUGACAUCGUCAAAGAGGAUUAGUAUGAUAUCUUCCUAUUUUCCUGAAAAGCGAAUUUCACAAUGGGAACAUUUACUGAGAAAGUUUUCUGAUUCUCGUAGAGAUCAAUGCAAGCAAGGUCCAUUGGAUAUUCGUCAAGCUGCUCGUUCCACCAAACACUUCCCUACAUCCUCACAGUAUGAGGGCACUUGGGAUAUUCUGGGUAUGAGUGGACAAGGAACAUAUACCUUCCCUAAUGGAGUCAAGUAUAAAGGUGAAUUCGACGAUGGAGUAUUUCAUGGGAAAGGUGCGCUUCAUUACGCGGACGGCAUGGUGUUGCAUGGCAGAUGGGAAAAUGGAACCAUGGUAGAAAGAACUCUCCUGUUCAGCGAUAGCUUGGAAUACGCUGAAAAGGAUUGGAAGUACUGUAUACCGCCUGAUAGAAGAUUUGCAAUAGAAUAUGAACGUGGCUUAAUGCCUGCUGGAAAAUCCUUCCUGACUGCUGACCAGCCCACCAGAGAGAUACCUCCUGGCCAUUAUGAUACAGGAGACGGCUUCUACGAUACUAAGACAAAGAUGAUAUACAAGUACGAUGAAUUAGGAGCAAUUUUGAGAUCUCCGUCACUUGACGAACAGAUAUGGGUUGUGAGCCACUGUCGUAUGAAUCCCGAGCAACCUCUGGGUCCACAGCCAGAUUUGUAUGAGACGUACACACCACCAUUGGUACAACCACAGCCGCCUCCACCGCCAGCAGCUGGCGUGACCCUCACGAUGAGCGCUGCCAAGUCACAAUCAUUAUUCUCGAUUGAACAAGAGUACACAUCUAGCUCCAAAGGGUUGAAAUUCUACAACACUGGAGAUUCUUCCAGCGACAGCUUCGAAUAG